GCUGCUCUCGCUCUCUCUCGCUCUCUCUCUCUGUGUUGUUCUCUCCAGUUCACCAUUAAUGGGAGACCCAAGGAACCCGAGACCGAUGUCUUUUUCUCUGCCUCCUGGUUCCCGAUUCUACCCCUCCGAGGAGCAACUCCUCUGCUACUACCUCACUCACAAGAACAACGACGAUCAUCGCUUUGGGUUCGAUGUAAUUAACGAGAUUGAUUUGUACAAUUUCGACCCAUUCGAUUUGCCCGACGCCGGUUGUUUCCGAUUCGGCCGAGGAGGGAGGAGGAGGCACUGGUACUGCUAUGUGGCUGCUAGGGUUUUGAAGGAUUGUGGUGGGAGGAGGAGAGCCGGCGGCGGAUACUGGAAGCGGACGGGGCGUGAGAGGGAUGUUGUGGGCGGCGCCGCCGGGAAGGUUGUGGUUGGGAGGAGGAAGAGCUUCGUUUUUUGUUUGGGGGAUUCGCCCAAAAACGCCGUCAGGACCGAUUGGGUUAUGUAUGAGUAUGCCCUAAUUGAUCAUCCCAAGGCUUCUUUCAUUCUGUGCCGUGUAUUUGUCAAGUCUCACAGUCGAAAUAAUGUUUCAGAGAAUGUUCUAAGUUCAUGCGGUGAAGAAAGUGUUGCUACAGUACGUCAUGUUGGCAUUCAGCAUGAUGGAACCUUCACAUCUGGCAUUGGUGAAACUAUUGUCCAUGAUGACAAUUCUGUCGACAGGAAGAAUGAGGUUUCGAGAUUUCCAGUAGGCCUAGUCAGUGAGCAAGAUGAUCGAAUGACUGCUGGGGCUGUUGUCCUUGCUGGUGUUCAGCCUCCCUUAAGCAGGCAGCCUAGUGAGCCGGUGACUGCAUCUGGGCUUACCAGUGGUGCUUCCAUGUUUAUUAACGGUUUGGCGGCUCCUCAUUUAAUGCCCAUUCUGGAGGAAGAUUUUAUAGAGUUGGAUGACCUUGCAUGCCCGCUUUCGGGCAUUGAUUUUACAUGAUAAGACAAAAAAUGAAACAGUAAAUGAAACAGAAGGUUUCAUAUACAGAAAAUGAAACAGUAAAUGAUAACAGAAGAGACAGAAGGUUCGAAAUAUUCUGUCAACUGUCAACAAUACUCAGCUUGUAGCACCAGUGUGAGUUUCCAGAACGUUUGAUGUACAGAAAGUCUACUGUACUCAGCUUAUAGCACCAGCCUGAAAGAUUCAAGAAGUUUGAAAAAUUGUACGAAACAGUAAAUGAAGAAACAUACCUGUCAAUUAUGAGAUUGACAAUGAUGUUGUGGCAGCAAUAUUCUGUCUGAUAAGGUUGUGUUUUGACACAAUUUUGUUAGAACUCCUGUUCAAUCCCCAUCAGGGAAACAGUUGAUGACAUCUAUUAUGGUUUGGGCAUGCAGACUUGUUCUUGUGCCUAAUGACAGGCAUUUAUUUUGGUGGGUUGGAGAAGGAGAUUGAUAUGUGGGAAGAUGGCAAAGUCAGCAGAACCAAGCUGAAUCAGCGACUUGGCCUUGUAUCACAUCUCGGUCAUUCUAUUGAUGGUGGAGUUUUUGGAUCAACUGUGUGUGCAUUUAUGGGAAAAAGUCUAUUACUUUUCCCCUCUAGAUUCUUCGUUUUUUCUCUAUCUCAAUCUUAUUAGCUAGAUCUGUCUUCCUAUUGCCUGCUAUGUUUUUGCUUUCUUGAAUUUUCUUGCUUUAGGAGGUUUCCAAACUAUUUAUAAAUUAUGGAUGUUACCUAGAUCUGGAUAUAUUGAUGACAUGCUUAUUAUUAAAGUUAUCCUCUAAUAGUCA